UAAAUCCCUAGGGUUACUUGUAGAAGAUAUUAGUAUUCAAUUUUCUCAGUGGUUAAUAUGGAAUCCAUGGAGGAGGUGGAGAAGGAGCCGGUGUCUCCGAAACACCCAGAUGACAAGGAGGAAGAUGAAAACGGUGAAGGGUUUGUUUCCAGUGACUGCGAUAUGAGUGAUUAUGAUAGCCUUGAUGGUUAUUACCCCGAGGAGGAGGAGGAGGAGGUGGUGGUGAUGCCUCCCAAAUACACAGGAGGCGAUGAGGAGAAAGCUCAAAGCGGCGCAGAAGGUUUUCUUACCGACAAUCAGAAAGAAUGGAGCAAUCAAGAAAAUCAUAGUGGCGCCCUUGAUCGUAAUAAUGAUCAAGAACAUAUCAACAACGAGACCCAUGUUUCCUUUUCGGAGGAGGAGGUGAAGGCAAUGCCUCCUGGUGAGGAGGAAGCCGAAAUCAAUGGUGGUACUGACCAUCAACACGGCGGAGAAGUCAUCCCGGAACAGGAAGGAUCAUUUGAUUCCGACCAUCGAGAAGAAUGGAGCGGUAACAGCAGCCCUGAUCGUUAUUAUGAUCAAGAACAGAAGUAUGAUUUUUUUGAACGUGUGUACCAUUGUUAUCCACUCUCUUUUGUGGAGAAAUCUGGCAUGGAAACUGGAAACAAAAUCAUUAUGCCUCCGGAGGCGCUCAUGGAUCUCAUGGAAACCCGCAUCACCAUGCCAAUGAUGUUCGAGAUACAGAACAUGUCAAGGAGCCGGAUUUCGCAUUGCGGCGUAUUGGAGUUCACAGGAAUGGAUACAGAAGCUAUCUACAUACCGGAGUGGAUGAUGAAGAACUUACAACUGGGAGAAGGAGACUCUGUUAGGUUAAGGAGUACGUCCCUAGUGAAGGGCACAAAGAUCAAGCUGCAGCCGCACACCAUGGAUUUCUUGGAGAUCAAGAACCCGAAAGCUGUCCUGGAACACAAUCUUCAAAACUUCUGCUGCUUGACAGCUGGGGAUACCAUUAUGACCACUCAUGGAACGAAGAGUUUUUUUUAUAUUAAUGUGGUGGAAACAGAGCCCGAACAUGCUAUAUGCAUCAUUGAUACAGAUUGUGAGGUUGAUUUUGCUCCUCCUCUGGACUAUAAGGAGCCUGAAAAACAUGCUAUGAAGAAGGUACGGGAAUCUUCCACACAUGGGGUGGAAGAGAUGGAGAAGCCGAACUUCAUACCCUUCACUGGUAAGUCGAAUCGGUUGGGUGGUGGAGCUUGGAAGCAAGAGGAGUGGAAUCAGUACCCCAAGUUUGAAGGGUUGGAUGAGGAGCCUUCCACAAUGCGGCAGGAAGAGCUAGAAAAGCUCCCUGAUCCUAAGCAAGGGGAAUUCAGUCCAUUCAUGGGUUCAUCGAGGAUCUUGAGUGGAACCUCAGCUUAUGCAUGCUCCGUAGCUAAUCGGCAACAAACUGCCUCUGCAAAUAGGCAACAAACUGCCUCUGCAAAUAGGCAACAAACUGCCACUGCAGGUGGAAGAAGCCUGGCUGCUACCCCAAACUUCAAACCCUUCACUGGUUUGUCCAGGCGCAUUAGGGAACCUGAACCUUCCAUGUCUGACGGGCAAUGACAAGGAGUGUGUGAAAAGUGUUGUAAGGGAACGAUUCUUUUAAAUUAACGACAUAGUAUUUUUAUGAAUCUCUUAAAUUUCUCCAUUCUAGAUCCAGAAAUAAAGCAAAAUACACCAGAAUGAAAAUUAUAUGAAAAAGAGGAUCUGCAAACAAGUAUACAUGUUAACUGUAAGCUGAACUCAAUUCUACCAUGCAAUGUGCUCAGGCAAUAAACUAGAAAAGAGGACAGAACAAGAAACUAAGAAAUGAUUAGGGUCUAACAGAAAUUAAUUAGAAGCAACAAUCAUCAGAAGAAACUGUCACAGUACAAUGAAUAUUGGAUCCUAAUUUUCUAAUGCAGUAGUGCUAAUUGAACUUAAUUAUGUGCAAGUAAUCAAAGAACCUCUUGUUG